AUGCCUCUCUGGUCCAUCUACCACCCCCCCUCCACCUUCACCACCCCCGAAUCCAAACAACAACUCGCAGCCGACAUCACAGCUCUCUACACCGCCGGUGGCCUUCCCGCCUUCUACGUCGUCGUCAACUUCAUCCCCCUCCCCCUAACCAACACAUUCGUCGGCGGUAAAAACCCAACCGAAGCCAAACCCUUCAUCCGACUAGUUGCGGAACACAUCGCCGUGCACAUCCGCGAGGAUGCCACCCGCUCGCAGCGGAUGAUGGACCGAAUUAAUGGCGCGCUGCAACCGCAUAUCAAGGAGAAGGGGUAUGAUUGGGAGGUGCAUGUCGAUGAGACGCCGAGGGGGCUGUGGGCUAUUAAUGGGCUGCCGCCGCCGCCUUUUGGAAGUGCGGCGGAGAAAAAAUGGGCCGAUUUGAACCAGGCUGUUCCUUGGGAUGGUGAAGCCAAGGGUGACAACCCGAAAUAG